AUGACAUCAUCUUUGAACCAGACCUAUGACGAUACAUCCAUGAACCCUUACUUUAUGGUGGUCUACAGUCUGGUGUUCCUCGUGGGUUUACUCCUCAAUGGCUUUACAUUGAAGGUCUAUCUUUGUCGAGAUUGGCCUGAGGUAUCCAACAGCUUGAUGGUCUACUUGAAGAACCUGACAGCUGCUGACUUCUUGCUCUGCCUCUGUCUGCCACUCCGCAUUACCUACUAUGCCAGCAGCUCUCCCAUCAUUCGUAGGCUUUACUGCAGCUUUGGAGCUUCUGCCUUCUUCAUCAACAUGUGUGCCAGUAUAUUAUUCAUGGGGUACAUCGCUGCCAACAGGUAUCUAAGGAUCAUCCAUCCUUCAGGAACUCACAUGCUGCAGACACUGCAGACUGCACGAAUCAUCUCUGUCAUCACCUGGGUUUUUCUCCUGGCUCCAACAAUUGUAUAUAUCAUAAUUUUUUUCAUGAUACCAUCACACCACGAGAACGACUAA